AUGCCUUCACCAAACGCGAAAAAAUAUGUUCUUGAUGUUAUGGUUUUCGCAUUAUCUCAGGUGGCACUUUAUUAUGCUGUAAAGUACGUGCUUAGUAGUUUAGAUCCUAUGAAAGAUAAAAAGAAAGAAGCCAAAGCAAAAAGUGAACAAGUGUUAGGGAAAUUAGGGAUGAAAAAUACGAAAUUAAAUGAAUACGAAGAAGUAAUCUUGUCUGAAGUAAUUUUUCCGGAUGAGAUUUCUAUUAGUUUCAAGC